AACCGGAGAAACCGCGUACCAUUCUUCUUUGAAUCACCGUUAAAUCUCCCAGUUCAUCUCCUUCAAUUCACAACAGUCCCUCUCGUUCUCUCUCUAACACAUUUUUCCCUCAGACCCGACAAUUCAAACAGUCUUAACAACAACAAUGGCGUCCGAGAUCGACAAUUCCAGAUCCGGAUCUACAACCAACGGCGAAUCUCCUCCAUGCGCGCCACACAAAGUCGCACUCAUCACCGGAAUCACCGGCCAAGACGGUUCCUACCUGACCGAGUUUUUACUCGACAAAGGCUACGAGGUACACGGCUUGAUCCGACGGUCCUCCAACUUCAACACUCAGCGAAUCAACCACAUCUACAUCGACCCCCACAACGCCCACAAGGCUCGAAUGAAGCUCCACUACGCUGACCUCACCGAUGCCUCCUCUCUUCGUCGCUGGCUCGACACGAUUCUCCCAGACGAGGUUUACAACCUCGCUGCCCAAUCCCACGUGGCCGUCUCAUUCGAGAUCCCAGAUUACACCGCCGAUGUUGUCGCCACUGGGGCCCUCCGUCUCCUCGAAGCUGUCCGAUCCCACAUAGCCGCCAGUGGGCGCAACCAUAUUCGGUACUACCAAGCUGGAUCGUCCGAAAUGUUCGGCUCGACGCCGCCUCCGCAGUCGGAAACGACGCCGUUUCACCCUCGAUCCCCUUACGCCGCGUCGAAAUGCGCGGCGCAUUGGUACACCGUGAAUUACAGGGAAGCGUACGGGAUUUUCGCGUGCAAUGGGAUAUUGUUCAACCACGAAUCGCCGAGGAGGGGCGAGAAUUUCGUGACCCGGAAGAUCACGCGCGCGGUUGGGCGAAUCAAGAUUGGGUUGCAGAGCAAGCUGUUUCUUGGGAAUUUGCAGGCUUCGAGGGAUUGGGGUUUUGCUGGGGAUUACGUGGAAGCUAUGUGGAUGAUGUUGCAGCAAGAGAAGCCAGAUGAUUACGUGGUGGCCACGGAAGAUUCUCACACUGUGGAGGAGUUCUUGCAGGUUGCGUUUGGGUAUGUGGGUUUGAAUUGGAAUGAUCACGUUGUGAUUGACAAGAGGUAUUUUAGGCCUACUGAGGUUGAUAACCUUAAGGGAGAUGCAAGCAGAGCUAAGAAAGUUCUUGGUUGGAAGCCUAAGGUUGGGUUUGAGCAAUUGGUUAAGAUGAUGGUUGAUGAGGAUGUUGAAUUGGCUAAGAGGGAGAAGGUGCUUGUCGAUGCUGGUUACAUGGAUGCACAGCAACAACCAUGAUCAGCUUGGUUCCUUCCUUCCAAUUUUGCUUCAGAUCCACAACAAUGGGGGGUUUGGAAAUGAUUCUAUUUAAGGGGUUCUUAGAGUUGAUAUAGUUUUCAAUUCAGUAAUUUAUAUCGAUGGUGUUUUAAGAUGUUAUUGUUAUCAUGUUAUGCAUUGUUUGAAUAUCUGUAAUUCCAUUAAUUUGAUUGUAGCAAGUCCUACACUUGUUCUUCUUAUUCUGCUUCUUGGAGUCACAAUGUGGAUGGGAUGGAUAAGAUCAUUAUUGUACUGGGAAGUUUGAGAUCUUUCAAUUUUGAACAUUGGAGCCUUUUUGGA